GCUUGUUGUGGCGAGUCCUGUCUUGCGUCGGGGCGUAAGUUAAAACUUCCGUAACCGGUUUUAAAAAAAGAUUCACUUCUAACUUAUCUAAUGAACUUGAAUUGUGUUAUAAGUGCUUUUUAGAACUUUGUGAAGUAAAGGUCAUGCUUCAACACUCUUCUCUAUAAACUGACGGCAGUAGUGCCGGUGUUUCAUCAGAGUGGUACGAAGAAUGAGCCUCGAUGUUUAAGCGGGGGCAAAAGUCACGUUACAUCCGGGUGGUACUGAAGGCGGGAUCGUGGAAGCGUGUGCCCAUGAAAUUGUUUAAGUGGAGUAGAAAGAUGUCAUUGACAAAACAAUACGACCUCGUCGACAAUGACGAGUACGACACCAAGAUGUCCCUACACCCAGAUGAGGCGUUCCAGUAUGGCAUCGCGUUUCAUGCUAAGUACAUUGGGACCAUGGACGUGCCACGACCAACAAGCCGUGUGGAAAUUGUUGCUGCAAUGCGCAGAGUUCGUUAUGAAUUCAAAGCACGAGGCAUGAAGAAACGUAAAGUGACCGUAGAUGUGUCGACAGACGGUGUGCGAGUAACAACCCGGAGUAAAAUCACCAAAGGAAAGAGUCCCGGAAAACUGUUUGGACGCAAGACCACAAAAUGCAGUGAAACAAUCGAAAUAAUGCACCACCCUAUAUAUCGCAUAUUCUACGUGUCUCACGACAGUUCCGAUUUAAAGAUUUUCUCAUACAUUGCCAGAGAUGGCGCCACUAACGUUUUCAAGUGCAGUGUCUUCAAGAGCAACAAGAAGAGUCAAGCAAUGCGUAUAGUUCGCACUGUCGGCCAAGCUUUCGAGGUGUGUCACAAGAUGCAGACUCCGGAACAGGCAGCGUCUUCUGCGGCUGACGAACAGGGCUCCGUACAAGCCAGCGAAGCGGGUACAUCUAAAGCUCCGGCCUCAGAGUAUGCCUCUCAAUCUGUGCCAUCUACGUCGAAGGAAGUCGAUGAUCCCGGAGAAAUUACUCGGCCUACAACAUUGGAUCUCCCACUACCAAAGAAGGAUAGCAAGCGAGCCCAGCCUGGUGUUCCAAGCAUAAACCUCCUACCAGACCUACCGGAAUGCAUAACCAAAGUAGACAUCUCACCAAUGCCAGAAAAUGGCGCUACUCCGUUGACAGCUCAACAUCAGCUGCAAUUGUUGAAGGAGAGGCUCGAACAACAAGCACAACAAACCCGAGCAGCUGUCGCGCAACUUAUGCUUUUGCGCGACCAGCUUGCUGCAGAGCAGGCCGCGCGGUGCGAGGCGCAGGCCCGUACACAUCAGCUCCUAGUUCACAAUAAGGAACUUCUAGAACACAUUGCGGCUCUGGUGUCUCAUUUGCAGGAACGGGAAAAGGGAUCGAACCGACCAAUCAACGCUCAACAACUUACGCUUAUUCCUCAGUUAUCUUCAACCGCAAAGAUUGAUAGAUGGUUCUCUCUCCUUCCCACGUCGACACUGUCGCGGCCAGAAAGCGGUUUUAUCUCCGGAGUAGAGGAUACAGACACGGCCCUCGCUGAAGCCAGAAGUCUGCUGCUCCAUUUGGGUGUGAAGAAGAAACGAAGACUUUUACCGCGUUUUAGACGCAAGAUUUUAGUUAAUAAACAUACAUUGCUUUAGCAAAACACGAGCUUGAUGAGAGCAAAUGGUCUGUUAAAUUUGUAUCACGCGUUACUUGCUCCUAUGGGAAGGAAAACAUCGUGCCAUAACCUCAAAACUUAACUAAAAAAGCAGAUAUUUGAGACAAAGAUUACAUAACUAAAUUUCUUAAUCAUUUGAGGCAAAACACUCGUACUAUGCGCCACCUGCGUGAUAUUUGAUAGAAAAAUUAAAUUAGCGCGUAUUUAGAAGCAAUAUAAAUUUUAUAGAAAUAUUUUCCAAACUUUUAGCCUUUCGCGUAUACAGAAGGCUUACUCAUCAAGAAUUAAUGUUAUAGAUAAAAGAAUAUGUUGCUGUUUGAGGAUGUUUUUCAUCUUAUAGUUAGUAGUUCAAGUAUUAUUCGUAAUAACAUUCGCAAAUAAUUAAAAAAUUAGGUAUAGACAUAGUUAAAUAUAUAGUGUUAGCAAUCAUUUACUAGUUAAUUAUAAACAGCAACAGACAAAACUAUAAUAAUUGUGCAAAAGGCGAUAAUUUCCUUUAAAAUCGAGAUCUUAAUUCCAAGUAUACUAUUAAGACGCUAUAUUAUAUGUUUUCUGCGUUUCAGCGAACAAAAUAGUGAUCUCUUAUCAAAUAGUUAAGUUAUCUGAGACCAAUUAAAUAUUAUAUAAACAUAUGUUACAUACACAUUGUCAUUUUGUUUUUCAUCCGGUUAUUAUAUAUUCAUUAGAAUUACGAUAAUUGCCAAAGUGGCGUCAAUUAAAAUUAUACAAGCCUUUUGUUUGUGAUUCACGUCCAGCACUAGAGCGUAAUAGGCAUUACCUGUUUGCAACGACUUAAAUCAGUUGUGUGUUUCUCAUAUUAAUGAAAUUUAUUAAUCAAUUAGGGCCCAGUAAUGCGAUGUAUCGAUAUAACGAUUCCCGAUAGCGAUUGUGAUCCUGAUUUCAAUAGUGAGAUUUUGUUCUACAAGAACUACAUUACUACAGAAAAUUGUGAGAUCUACUGUAAGCGGGUUCAACUGGCUUCCUGGACAGGCGUGCUGCAAUAGGCCACAUCUCACUUGCCAUCAGAUGAGAUUGGGGCCAAACGUCUGUCCAGUACUGUAUAUUUUUUUUAAGUAACAGAGAAAAGGCGAAUCGUCACAUAUUGUAGACUUGAAGAUAUACAAUAAUAGUACAUUAGAUUAUCGUAUUUAUUAUUCGAUAAAGUGAGUUAUGGACACUUCGAUUGAUAACUUUCCACAGUCCGCUUCAAUAACCAUUUUUUAUUGAUAUGUCCAAGUCUAAAAAAUCUAUCUGAUAAAGUAAAGGAUUUAUAAAUAUGUACUAAUUAUGUAGGUACCAAAAAGACGACGUUUUAGUGAAUAUAUACAUACUUUUAAUGAAGUAAACUAUAGAUUUAUAGUCAAGACAUAGCUUAGCUUAGCAUGUAUUCGAAAUCAAAUAGGUUUUUGACAUACAGGAAUUCGUACUUAGCCUCAAUGAAAUGUUACUAGCUGACAUUUUUAAUCGUAAUUAAACUUUUUUAUAGAAGUCCUCGCUUUGUUAAUUUUAGCCCAGGAACAAAUUACAAAAAUGUAUCUAUAUACUAACAACAAACUAGAGCUGCGAUAUAGUGAGGACUACGUCUCCCAAUACCUUUUUAGAUUACAUUUAUACUUAGUGAUAUUUUUUUAAAUAAUAUUUCACGUCUUGACACUAAGUACUUUAUAAGUUAACUGAUACAAGGCUAUAUAAAUAAAAUAUAUCUUACUAAUAAUUAAGACAACCAAGUUCAUAGUCGCUGUCAAAAUAGUAUUUCUUUGGAUUUAUCUAAUCUUUAAUGACGCAUUUAUUUUGGUUAGAUUCGCGAUUGAACAAUCAUUGUUAUUAAGUUUAUAUAAACAAUUAUAUUAGUUCAAGUAAAUUUAUGGGUGAAAGUUGUAUAAAAAUCCGAAAUACAGUAAAGCCCCUGUUUCUAUAACGCGGAUAUUUGAGACGUUAUAUUUCUGUACUGUGACAUUUGUAAUGAUUUGUACGAACUUUAAUCUUAAUAUUCGAUUGAAAUCCCUUAAAGAGAAAACUUAAACGUAAAUUAUUUGUAUAUAACGCGCUUGCAUAACCCAACGCGUUUCCUAUAACGCGGAACCAAUCUACCGUGUUAUAAGAAGUAUUACUGUACUUUAUUUAGUAAUAUGUAUUAGGUUUAGCAUGAAUAAGUGCCAUAGUUUUCGACCUAGGCGCUGUAUGAAAUGGAAACAACUGAAAUCUAGGAUAUUUUAUAGAUCUUGGCAGUAUUCGUUGGAUGUAUUAUUAUUAUCCACUGUAAAAUUAAUGCUUUCUGUAAUGAUUAUGACAUCAUUGAUAUACGAGUAUGUCAACUUCGAAUUCCGAAGUACUAAACCAAACGGAAUAUUGGAGUAACAGAGACAAGACUCCCUUACGUUUAGGUGCCUUCUGAAAAGUUACUUCUAAAUAGAGCGAAACAGUUAAAAUAGCACUCACUCCUCAAGUUUUAAACUUAAUUCUUAACUAUAAGGGUAAGGUUUAAAGUAUGAAUUAAAUAAUCAUUAGUUAAUGACUGAUUAAAGGAUUAGGCAAUGAAACACAUUUCUAAACUUAUUUGUAUCGUACUAAUAUGCUUAAGUAAGCGUUAGUUGUUAAAAUCCUCAGAAAAUGAUGCCAUCCUUACUACAUAAGGACAAAGAUUCCUAAAAACAUUGCAGAAGUAUAUCUUUAUGAACAAAUCAAUAGAAUUGUGUUUUUUCUCGUUUGAUAUUUUUAGUUCACACAGUGGUAUAUCAAUUAAAUGUCAUUAAUAUUAUUUAGUAGUAAAUAAGUUAAUAACAUUCCAUAAAAUUGCAUUUGUCUAGGUGUAAGUUACUUAAAAAUUAGCUAUA